AUGACCACCCCGAUUCUUGACCAAGGCUACGGCUAUGGCUUUGUGCUGGGCAUUGGCGCAGCGUUCGCCCUGCUCAUGUGCCUGAUCACACGUGUUCUCUCCAGCUACCUGGGCCAGGUCCAAAACUCUGAACGGUUCACCACCGCCUCCAGAAGUGUCAAUUCCGGCCUGAUUGCCUCGUCCACCGUUUCUGCAUGGACAUGGCCCGCUACUCUGCUCUCCUCCGGUGCCUGGAGUUACUCUCACGGCAUCUCUGGAGGUUUCCUCUAUGGCAUUUCCGGUGCCUUGCAGGUGACAGUUUUCGUGUUUGUAUGCUUGCAACUCAAAGCCCGUGCCCCAGCAGCACACACCGUGUCCGAGUGUUUCUCGGCCAGAUUCGGCCCUGUUGGCCACUGGGUGUUCCUGUGCUACGUGUUUGCCACCAACAUCCUCAUUUCGUCUCUCCUGUUGCUCGGUGGAUCGCAGGGAUUUGCAGCUACCACAGGCAUGCAUGUCGUGGCUGCAAGUUUCCUUCUCCCGCUCGGUGUUAUGGUGUACACGGCCCUAGGAGGUCUCAAGGCUACCUUCAUCUCGGACUGGAUCCACACCGUGAUCAUCUAUGUGAUCCUGCUCACUGCAAGCUACAAGAUAUACUGCACCUCGCCGCUGAUCGGCUCUCCGUCCAAGAUGUACGAUCUGCUCGAGGAGAUCCAAACCGUUUACCCGUCCGAAACCGGUCAAAGCUACGUCAGUUUCUACGAUAAGACCAUGCUCAUGCUCACAUGGACCAUCUUCUUUGGCGGACUCAGUUCUGUGUUUGGCGACCCGGGCUACUCCCAACGGGCCAUCGCCGCAAACACCAAGGACGUGUUCCAAGGAUACAUGAUGGGGGCCAUCUGCUGGGCAGUGAUCCCUGCUUCAAUUGGGUCCAGUGCCGGUUUGGCCUGCAGAGCCCUGCUCAACAACCCGGUUUCCGUCACGUAUCCGGACCUGCUCACAGAGGACGAGGUCAACAACGGCCUGCCCGUCAUCUACGGACUGUACGCCGUGAUGGGCAAGCCGGGAGCGGCAGCAGGACUCGUGAUGCUCUUCAUGUCGGUGACCAGCGCCAGCAGCGCUGAACUCAUUGCGUUCUCCUCCGUCACCACCUACGACGUGUACCGGACGUACUUCAACCCGAACGCCAGCGGCAAACAGCUCGUUCGCUCGGCCCAUAUUGCCGUCGUGGGCUUCAGUCUGUUCAUGGCGGUCCUCUCGGUGGUGUUCAAUUACAUUGGCGUCACUGUUGGCUGGCUACUUGGGUUCAGUGGUAUCAUUAUCAACCCGUCUGUCUUCUCCGUCUCAUUGACUCUGUUCUGGAACAGAAUGACACGUCUCGGACUCGUGAUCGGCGCCCCACUGGGAACUCUCACCGGCGUGGUAUGCUGGGUGGCCGGAGCCUACUGUUUUGGCGACAAGGUCGUUGAUAAGGCUACUUUAAACGUUACUCAGGCAGCGUUCAUCGGAAACUGUACAGCUCUGUUCUCUACCGGGCUCUAUAUCGUGGUGAUAAGUCUGCUCAAACCAGACCCUGCUCCGUUCGACCCAAAGUUGUUCCAGGAGAAAAUCACCUUGGCUGACGACCUCGACGAGGAAGAACGAGAGGCCGUGGAAUUGCCAGCAGACGAGGAGAAAAAACUCAAGUUCAACAUUUGGGCUGCUUUCCUCGUCAACGUGUUUCUGCUCAUUGGAGUUUACGUCAUCAUCCCAACAAGCUUGUACGGAAGCCACCACGGAUUCAGCAAGGCGUCGUUCACUGCCUUUAUUGUGGUGAUCCUGAUCUGGCUACUCCUGUCUGCAAUGUAUAUCAUUCUGUUCCCGCUAUGGCAAGGCAGACACUCAAUUGCAACUGUGGUGAUGAUGCUGUUUGGCAAAAAGCCAAACCUGGAAGGAGAAACCGCAAGCUCGGUGGAAAUCGUUCCUGUUCAACAAAUAGCCAAAAAAUAG